AUGUGGGGGCCCGGGGCCUUGCUGCUGCUGCUGCUGCUGACAUCACUUACAGCCUUGCCUAAGCGGGAGCUGCCUCCGGGGGACAGCGCAGCUGGUGGCUGCUGCGGUGUGGCACCGUCUGAAUCACCAGGGCGCCUGACCAGCGUCCUGUGCUCCCUGGAGGAGGGUCCUCCCCGGCUCCCGCGCGGCGCCCCUAACCUUGGCUGCUCCUGUCUGCCCCCUGCAGGCCGCUGCUGGGCGGGCGAGCUGGAGACCUCGGACCCGGUGACCGUGGUGCUGGGCCAGGACGCCAGGCUGCCCUGCUUCUACCGAGGGGAGCCCGGCGAGCAGGUGGCGCAGGUGGCGUGGGCUCGGGUGGACGCGGCCGAGGGCGCCCGGGAGCUGGCCCUGCUGCACUCCAAGUACGGGCUGCACGUGAGCCCGGCGUACGAGGGCCGCGUGGAGCAGCCGCCGCCCCCGCGGAGCCCCCUGGACGGCUCCGUGCUCCUGCGCAACGCCGUGCAGGCCGACGAGGGCGAGUACGAGUGUCGCGUCAGCACGUUCCCCGCCGGCAGCUUCCAGGCGCGGCUGCGGCUCCGCGUGCUCGUGCCACCCCUGCCCUCACUGAACCCCGGUCCGCCGCUGGAAGAGGGCCAGGGCCUGACGCUGGCGGCCUCCUGCACAGCAGAGGGGAGCCCAGCCCCCAGCGUGACCUGGGACACAGAGGUCAAGGGCACGGCCACCAGCCGCUCCUUCAAGCACUCCCGCUCCGCUGCUGUCACCUCGGAGUUCCACCUGGUGCCCAGCCGCAGCAUGAAUGGGCAGCCCCUUACCUGCGUGGUGUCCCACCCCGGCCUGCUGCAGGACCAGAGGAUCACCCACACCCUCCAAGUGGCCUUCCUCGCUGAGGCCUCUGUGAGGGGCCUCGAAGACCAAAAGCUGUGGCAGGUGGGCAGAGAAGGGGCUACCCUCAAGUGCCUGAGUGAGGGGUACCCUGCUCCCUCGUACAACUGGACACGGUUGGACGGACCUCUGCCCAGCGGGGUACAAGCGGAAGGGGACACCCUGGGCUUUCCUCCGCUGACCACCGAGCACAGUGGCACCUAUGUGUGCCACGUCAGCAACGAGCUGUCUUCGCGGGAUUCGCGGGUCACCGUGGAUGUUCUGGACCCUCAGGAUGCCCCCGGGAAACAAGUGGACCUGGUGUCGGCCUCUGUGGUGGUGGUGGGUGUGAUCGCCGCACUCUUGUUCUGCCUGCUGGUGCUGGUGGUGGUGCUCAUGUCCCGAUACCAUCGGCGCAAGGCUCAGCAGAUGACCCAGAAAUAUGAGGAGGAGCUGACCUUGACCAGGGAGAACUCCAUCCGGAGGCUGCACUCCCAUCACUCGGACCCCAGGAGCCAGCCGGAGGAGAGUAUAGGGCUGAGAGCCGAGGGCCACCCUGAUAGUCUCAAGGACAACAGUAGCUGCUCUGUGAUGAGUGAAGAGCCAGAGGGCCGCAGUUACUCGACGCUGACCACAGUGAGGGAGAUUGAAACACAGACUGAACUGCUGUCCCCGGGCUCCGGCCGGGCAGAGGAGGAGGAGGACCGGGACGAAGGCAUCAAACAGGCCAUGAACCACUUCGUUCAAGAGAACGGGACCCUGCGGGCCAAACCCACAGGCAAUGGCAUCUACAUCAAUGGGCGGGGGCAUCUGGUCUGACCCAGGCCUGCCUCCGUCCCCUAAGCCUGGCUCCUUCUGCUGACCUGGGGGAUUUCCGCUCAUCACGUGGGGGGGGGCUCCCUAAACACCCUAUUUCUUUGGGAAGAUGCUCCCCGCCCCACUGACUGCUCGACCUUUUCCUCCAACCCGUCUGUUCGACAAAGGGAGGCCCCGCAAAGGUUGAGUCCUUCCCUGUGUGUGUGUGUGUGUGCACGAGUGCACGUGUGUGUGUGUGCCCGCAGGUCACCGUGUGCAUGUGUGCAUAUGCGUGUGCGGGGUGACAGGCCUGUCAGAGUCCAAGUGAAGUGAGGUGUGUGAGGCUGGUGUGUUGUGUGGCUGUGUGACCUCUACCUGUAAGCGCAGGUUAUCUCCUCGGACCCAGAGCAGUAUUAAUGACGCAGAGGUUGGAGGCGAGAGGUGGAGACGGUGGGCCAGACCCAGGUGUGCGGGCUGGAGCUGGAUUCUGGCCUCCUGAGUUGGGGGGGCCAGGCUCCCCCCACUUGAAAGCCAUCGGAGCAAGUGUGAAGCAGCCAACUCAGGGGUCUGCCAGGCUAGAACUGUUCUGGAGGAUGCCUCUGGCCCUCUGGUGGCCUCUGGUGGCCUCUGGGGCCUGUGGCAUGUGCAUACUUUCUACAAACAACCCUGCUGGGGGAGUUUCUUUAAGGAAUACUGCUCCGAAUGCCUUGAUAAGAGACACAAAUCUUUGAAAGAAAACUUAACAAUUUCUCUGGACGUUUGUAAUUGCUUGAACUGCUUGGAGUGAGGCCAGUAGGCCCAGGAAGUCAGCUACCCUGGACUCGCUCAGACCCCAGCAGGGGUGAAAACCCGCGGUUCUGGAAAGUGCUCCUGCUAAGACACUUUAAUUUAGGCAGCCUCUCAGGAGGGAGGCUGGAAGGUGCGGACUCGGAGGGGCUGUGAGCCCCUCAGUCACUGGGUCACUGGCUGCGGGAGGACAGGGUGGGGCUCUUGGCCCUGGAGACCCCCCGUCCCUUCCCUGGGGUCCCUUCCCUACCGCGUCUCUUUUCUUAGUUGCAUCCACAGUUGUUUGUGGUCCCUUGGGGGGUUGCGGGGACUGGGUGUCAAGGGCUCCUGGUUGGGAUGUGGUGGAGGGGAGAGAGGGUGGUGA